ACAUAAACUUGUCUCAACCUCCCUAUUCUAGUAACCUUGUGUAAAGGAAUAGCCACCAAUAGUUUGGUAGUGUGGUUAGUGUAUUGUAAUGUGUAAGUAUGUACUCAUUGAAACUACUCUAAGUGACGAGAUGUAAAGUAGUCAGUAAAUAAAAAACAAGUUUUAUUGCUAUAACAAAGACAUGUAUAUAAUUUAUUAGUGCAUGUUAAGAACGGUUUUCAGAUAAUUUUGUCCGAGCUUUUCUCUGAAAUAAAAGCUCUAAACGCAAAAUAAAGACACAGACCCGAUGCUUUACUCUACGAACUAGCGAAGUGCACUUGAAUUUUUUGAUAACUUCCAUUUGUUUACGAGAAAAGCUUGGACAAAGUUCCUAUUUAAUGUACAAGUGCAACAGAGAUAGUACCGUUUAUCUAGUUGAGUGCGAAUAGAGAAACAAAUGAAAACGCGUCUGUAAUGUUUCAUAAGAUUAGUCGCGAACUACCUUUUGUUAUUACUUGUAAUAUGUUGAGUCAAAUGAUUAUUGCCAUCAAUGUAGUAGAGUGAAAAUAAAAUUUAACUACAGCUUUAAAAUUUAUAAAAAGUUAUUACAGUUGCAUAAGGUCUCGCAUUAGUUUGUAAACAAAGAAUGGCUGCUGAAUCUCGUGUAAGUGGUGAUAAAGCAAAACCACUUGUGCCGCUUUUUUCCAAGGCCGCAGAUUGUAUUUAUACAAGCUGUUAUUGUGAAGAAAACGUAUGGAAAUUGUGUCAGGACGUCGCAACCAAUCAUGCAUCUGAAUUAUCACAUUGCUAUGUAGUUUUUAUUAGUAAUAGCAAUCGGAGUGUACCACUUUGGCGACAGCGAGAAGGAAAAGGAGAUGAUAAAGUCAUUGUUUGGGAUUAUCAUGCCAUUCUAAUCUAUGCACCUGAUGAACGAGCAGUAGUUUAUGAUUUAGAAAGCGCUUUGCCUUUUCCAACAUUUUUCUGGAAAUACGCCAAUGAAACGUUCAGAUCAGAUGAAGCCUUACGUCCUGAAUACCAUACAAGAUUUAGACUUGUACCAGCGACGAUAUUUUUACAGAAUUUCGCUUCUAAUCGUCAUCAUAUGAAACGUGAAGAUGGUACAUGGAUUAAAACGCCGCCGAAUUAUCCACCAAUAUCUACGUCGAAUUGUCUUGGAUAUUUUUCGUUAUGCAAAUCUUAUAUUUUAGUGAAAUGACAAUAAUUGAGUUAUAAAAGGAAAAACAAAAACCAAUCCCAAGUAUUAGUUACGUAUUAUCAGUUAAUAUUCAAAAUUCUUGAGCGCCGUUUAAAUAUUUAAAUUUUGGGCUGAAAUUUUCAGCACAGACAUGAUCUUACAAAUAUAAACUAUUGCUGUCACGAGAAAGAAAAAAUUUAGAAGUAAAAAAUCCGAAUUUCAAUCAUUUUUGGAGAGGCUUGAGAACAUGUAUCUUGACUAGAUAAAAUUUUAAUAUUUCUAGCAGUUACAAAAAUCCAAAAUAGAAAUAUAUAUAUAUAUAUAUAUAUAUAUCUUGUUUUUUCAUUUAUUGAUGAAAACAAUUUAUU